CAACAAGGACACGGACACACACACCCACUCCUCCAUCUUCCUCUUCUAGAAACACGACGCGCACAGGCAGACAAAGAGGAGAAGAAGAAAAGCGGCAAAAGCCGGAAAAGAAUCUCCUAAUCGGCGGAAAAUAAAAAAGAGAGAGUAGUUCUUGCAAUCUUGCUUCGCCUGCAAGGAAUCCUCUCCGGCUCUCCGCCCUGGAGGAAGUACAGUGAUCAAAUUAAGCUUUGGGGGUGGAGUAGACUAAUCCUGCUGAACAAAAUAGCCCAGGAGGAAAAAAACGGUUUAUUCUGCUACCAUGGAAGUUCUUAAUACCAAUGAUCAUGGGACUGCAAGAACACGGGAUGGUGAAGAGACAGCAUCUGUUCCAGUUGAGAAUCCUGAUUCAUCGCAUGAAAUGGAGAAGAAGUUAACCCACAAUUUGACAGAAAAUGGGCAGGCUCCUACAGGUCAUACUGUACCUUCAUUACCGGAUACGGUCUCUAAAUUGAAACCAGCUCAGGAAUCUGAUGAUUCUUUGAAAGAUAAGACAGACCUUCCUACUUCAACAAGUAAGACCGAAGUGAACAAUAUAUCUGAAAAUGGUUCGACCAACCAGAGCACUAUGCUAUCAGAUGAAUCGAGAACAAAAGAAGACAAGAUGAAUCAUCACGAGAACAUUGCUGCCACCACAAACAAAAAGGCAGAAACAGAUGCGAGACCUGAAAGUCCAUACAGAGGUCUCAUUGACACUGCUGCGCCAUUUGAGUCAGUUAGAGAGGCUGUCACCAAGUUCGGAGGAAUUGUUGAUUGGAAAGCAUACAGAUCUCAGACACUAGAGAGGCGCAGGGUCAUGCAGCUUGAACUUGAAAAGGCUCAACAAGAGAUUCCACAAUUCAAACAAGAUUCAGAAGCUUGUGAGAUGGCCAAGUUACAAGUGGUUGAGGAGCUAGGGAGAACUAGGAGACUUGUAGAGGAGCUGAAACACAAACUGGAGAGAGCAGAGAUUGAUGUGGACCAGGCAAAGCAGGAUUCCGAACUUGCGCAGCUGCGGGCACAAGAAAUGGAGCAGGGGAUUGACGAUGAAGCUAGCGUAAUAGCCCAAACACAAUUGGCAGUUGCUAAAGAGAGACAUCAGAAGGCUGUUGAUGAACUGAAGUUGGUCAAGGAGGAGAUGAGAUCAACACACGAAAAGCAUACCGUUUUAGCUAGCGAAAGGGACAUAGCAGCCAAAAGAGCCGAGCAAGCUAUUUCUGCUGCAAAGGAGACUGAGAAGAGAGUUGAGGAACUCACUUUAGAACUUAUCGCAAUCAAAGAGUCUCUCGAGUCAGCCCAUGCCGCGCAUCAUGAAGCAGAAGAACACAAGCUCGGGGCGGCUUUGGCAAAAGAGCAGGAUUGCCUGGCUUGGGAGAAGGAACUGCAGCAAGCACAGGAGGAGUUGCAGCAACUCAACAUGCAACUUGUAUCAAAAACUGAUGCAAAGUCCAAAAUUGAUGAAAAUACGCACAUGCUACAAAUCCUCAGUAAGGAGCUGGCUGCCUAUACAGAAAACAAAAUGAGUGAAGAAGCUGGAGUGAUCGAGGAGGAUGGUUCUGAUGAGGCUAAAGAAAUUAGCAGGUCAAUCAAGCGAGCCCUUGCUUCAACAAGAAAGGAGCUUGAAGGGGUUAGAGGAAAUAUUGAAAAGGCAAAAGACGAAACCAAUUUAAUAAGAGCUAUUGCAGAAUCAAUUAAGUCAGAGGUGGAUAAAGAGAAAGCUUCACUUGUUACAUUGCAGCAGCGAGAAGGUAUGGCAUCCAUAGCCGUCUCUUCUCUGGAAGCUGAGCUCAAUAGGACAAAAGAAGAGAUAGAAAUGGUGUACAUCAAGGAAGCGGAAACCCGUGAAAAAAUGGCAGAGCUUCCAAAGAUGCUGCAGCAAGCAGCUCAGGAAGCAGAAGACGCCAAGGUGGCACCUCAUUCUGCACAGGAAGAACUUCGAAAGGCGAAAGAAGAAGCCGAGCAAACCAAGGCCGCUGCCGCGACUGCAGAGAUCAGGUUACGCGCCGUUCUGAAAGAAAUAGAGGCCUCUAAAGCAUCCGAGAAGCUUGCCCUUGUGGCGGCUCAAGCAUUGCAAGAGAGCGAGGAGACAAGUAGUGUUGAGGAUUCCCCUAGAACCAUUACACUUCCUAUAAGUGAAUAUCAUUCUCUGAGCAAGAGGGUCUACGAAGCCGAAGAGCUUGCGAAUGAGAGGGUGGCCGCGGCAUUGGCGCAAAUAGAGCUAGCAAAAGAGUCUGAAACAAGGACCCUGGAGAGAUUGCAACAAGAAACCAAAGAGAUGCACAAGAAGAAGGAUGCUCUUCAAAUCGCACUGCAGAGGGCUGACAGGGCAAAGGAAGGAAAGCUUGGUGCUGAGCAGGAACUGAGGAAAUGGAGAGCAGAGCUUGAGCAGCGUCGGAAAGCCGCAAAACAUGUUGCUAAUCCUUGGACUGCUCCACCUAUAAGAUCACCUGAACAGAAGGGCUCUUACAAGGAAGACGAUGCAGUUCUUACUGAACCAAAUUCACCCAUGUCAAAUAGUAGCACGGAUGACUUUGUUGUGGACCAGAAGUUGAGGAAAAAGAAAACAUUCUUCCCACAAAUGUCAAGCAUUUUGUCUAGAAAGGCACAGACGUAGACCUAUAAGAUUAGUCCUGUACAGGCAUAUCUUACUGUACAUUGUACACUGCAAAAAUGUAAAUGGUGUGUUUGAGUACAUAAGUUUAUUUUCCACAACCCUGUCACUUGGUGUGGAUACGUGAGGGCAUACUUUUGUAUGAUAAUUUUGGAUAUUUUUUUAUACUAUAGUUCCUUCGUUUCCAAAA